UCGUAUAGUUAAUGGUUCUGUCAGUGUGGGCAAGAAUUGCGGCUGCAUUUUCUAACCUCUUCGUUCCAAUCCCUUUAAGCGACUGCUUUCGACGGCUUUUGACAUUUGACAUAUGCUACCUUCGUCAGAAUGGUCCUACUGGAGAACGACGCGUUCUUAGCGGAGCUAACCAAACUCUUUGAGAAGUCGCGUUUGUCUGGUGCUGUGUCACUCACUAUCAAAAGAUUUAAUGGACAUAAUAAACCUGUACCCAGGAAAGGCAGGCCUCCUCUGUCAAAUCCGACAGAGUAUCUUUGCCUAGUUCGAGCAUCAUUACGUAGUAAGAAAAUCGCAACUGUUAUUCAUUCCAAAGAUGUAAACAAAUUCCAACAGGCUUAUUGGAAUCUUUUGAAGACAAAUAUAAGUGGACUGAAGAAGCUGAAGAAGACAAAGUCAGCUAAGCCAAAGGUUCACUGACCCAACGAAGACUAAUUUUGUGUGACAGUUGUUUAUCUCUUUGUUAUUAAAACUCUUAUACUGUGUUCGCCAUAUAUCGACAUUUGUCUACUGCACAAAUCAACGAGAAAGGUGUGUUUUGUGCAACAUUUUGUAUAGACCAAUGUAUAAAAGGUAAAUAAUAUUGUUAUGAAAGCACAUACAUACAAAUAUCGCAUUCGAAAAAUGCGCAUUUUCAUAAACUUGUGCAAUCGUAAUAAAGCAAUAUGCAAUUA